CAUAACUACCAUAAGUUAACUGUCCCACAUUAUCUACUGGUCUGUAAACAGCCAUGAACUCUAUCUUCCCUCCCUCAUGGCCCUUCUUCUCUCCUUGUCUCUACGCCCUCCAAAGCCUCCUCAAAACCCAAAACUUACCUCUCUCAACCCUCCAGUUCCAACAUCUGUCAUUAAAACUCUCAAUACUAGGAGACAAUUCAUCAUUAACACCACUUCCUUAUGCAUCAGUCUUUUGUCUCCUCAAAACCCGGUUCCACAAUCUUUAGCUGAACCUUCUACACCUUCCAAGCCGGCUUUGAACAUUGCAAACACCAAAUCUUGGUUCCAGUUCUAUGGUGAUGGUUUUGCCAUCGGAGGUGCUCCAGAGUUUGAGGACAUCAUGGAGCCUGAGGAUUUUAAUGCUGGAGCAUCUCUGUACGGGGACAAAGCAAAACCCAGGACUUUUGCUGCACGAUUUGCGUCUACUGAUGGAUCUGAGGUUUUGAGUGUUGUCAUUCGUCCGACCAAUCAACUCAAAAUCACCUUCCUAGAGGCCCAAGAUAUUACCGAUUUAGGUUCCAUAAAGGAGGCAGCUAGAAUCUUUGUCCCAGGUGGCGCAACUCUUUAUAAUGCCCGAACCAUAAAGAUAAAGGAAGAUGAAGGUUUCAAGACUUACUAUUUCUAUGAAUUUGGAAGAGAUGAGCUGCACAUUGCACUGGUGGCCACUGUCAACGUUGGAAAGGCUAUUAUUGCUGGAGCAACUGCGCCACAGUCCAAGUGGGAUGACGAUGGAGUGAAGCUGCGCUCUGCUGCAGUCUCAUUGACAGUUCUGUAGUUCUUUGCACAACAAAUUAUUUUGGCAGGCCUUUGAUACGCCACUUACUUUCUUUUCACUGCCCUUCAAAAAACUUUCAUUCGACAUGGCUCUCGACUGAUUGUGGCACAAAUUGCACAUUGGGUUGAUGAGACAUUUCGGAAACAUCUACUGAAGAGAUUCAAAAUGGAAAAUUCCAACGGCUAAUCACUAGCAGCUUACCUUCUUGCACCAGCUUGGAAACAGCAGAAAGCUCAGAGUUGAAUUCAAGUCUUUGAGGACCCUUUUUUUAUAAUUUGCUGUGUAAUUGACUGAUUGUGAAAUUUUGAGUUAAACAUAAAUCAUUCAGAUUGCUCUACAUUUGAUCAAUUUAAGCACAGUUUGCUGAUUC